AUGGUUAAUUCCUGUUCCCUUUCUUCUCUAUUUGAGAAACACAUGGAUGUCCUGGCCAAACCUUCAACAGAAUUUCCAGGAAUCCUAUACCGGACUGAAGUGUCGAUGGAGAUACCGCCUGUCAAAUUAUUUCCUUUUGUUUUCCGGCCUGAAUAUCGCAGCAAGUGGGACAAAUCAUUGCAGUCGUAUAAAAUUGUAGAAAGAAUUGACCAGGACACCUUCAUUUGUCACAGUAUUACCCACAGUUACGGCUUUGGAAUGGUUUCGCCAAGAGAUUUUGUCUUUAUGCUGCACUUAAAAACCUAUGAUGGAAAUUUAAUGACAACAAACUCCAUCAGUGUGGUUCAUCCUAAUUUACCUCCAACUCCAGCUUGUAUUCGGGGCACCACUUUCUCUUCUGGCUAUGCCUGUCUUCCACUACCAGGGAACCCAGAGCACACCAAACUUAUGAUGGUCGUCCAGGUGGAUUUGGGAGGCUUUCUAAUGCCUUCGGUGAUCAAUUCCGUUAUGCCCAUGAGCCUCAUAAACUUUGUGACCGAUUGCAAGAGUGGAUUAAAGAUGUUGAGACAAUCAGGGACAUAAAAUCCCCUGCCAGAGGGUGCAAGGAAGCUUGUCUUCAAUACACAACAGACCCACGUUUGGUCUAAUGUCAAGAAGAGAUAGGCAAGUUUUUUGGGGGUCAAGAACUUCACUCAACAUUUGGGGGGGAGGGAUGCAAACCCCCCAUCUUUCCCAGCCCCUUCUUUCCAUAUUUGGAGGAAAGAAUAUUGUCAGUUUGUAAAUAUCUGUAGAGAUUCUUGGUCAUCCAGGUCAUGGUUGUGCCAAAGAUG